GGAGCACAUGAACGCCAUCUGCUUCAUGCGCAGGGUAUACGCGUUACAAAGCAAUAAUAAAAUAAAUUUAACGAAAAUGUAAAAACACGUUGAACGUUAUAUUCGCAAAAAAACGUAUAAAUGAGGAACUUCGCAUGUUGGACUGAUUCGUCGCAGUGUUGUAUAUCGAAUAUUCUGGCAGCACGACGAGUUUCCGCACGUGCCGGAACAAGUUAACCUGCAUGAGAAUAUGUUCUCGCCGAGAGAUUCGAGUAAAUCGGAGUAUAUUAGUUUGAAUAUUCACGAUAGCUCUUCGUUUGCACGGGGCACUUCGCGCAGUUUAUGGAGGCAAUGGAACCAAUUAUCCAGGUUUCAGAGAAAUAUACUAUACUUUGCAGUUAUCACAGUUAUACUUGUAAUAUUUUAUCUCUUACCUAGCGAAACCAAAGCUGGUACCUCUGACGAGGUAGACUAUAAUAAUAUAGAAGUUGUACAAGAAACUGCCAAAUACGAAAAGGCAGUCGAUGAAGUUGUUGUAGAUAAUGAUGAACAGGGUGCUGGACCUGGUGAAGUGAUUGAGGAGCCUGAGUUUCAACCAGAGAUUAAUCAAGUUGAUGAUGAUCAAAUUGGUGAACCACCACAGCCAAAGCCAAACGUUCUUAAAUUUAAUGGUCCACAAAAUAGUAGGCAACAAGCGGUUGUAGCUGCGUUUAAGCAUUCCUGGGAUGGGUAUAAGAAAUAUGCUUGGGGUCACGAUAAUGUUAAGCCGAUAUCAAGGAGGUAUCAUGAAUGGUUUGGUUUAGGUCUUACUAUAGUAGACUCGUUGGAUACUAUAUAUAUAAUGGGAUUAAAUGAUGAAUUUUCAAGGGCAAGGAAAUGGGUGGAAGAGAGUUUAGUGUUUACAUUGAAUAGGGAUGUUAAUUUAUUUGAAGUUACAAUUAGAGUAUUAGGCGGUUUAUUGGCGGCAUAUCAUCUUUCCGGUGAUAUACUCUUUUUAAAUAAAGCCAUGGAUUUAGGUGAUCGCAUGAUGCCAGCAUUUUCUACCAGGUCGGGUGUUCCAUAUUCCGAUGUGAAUCUCGGCACUAGAAGUGCGCAUAGUCCCAAAUGGGGGCCUGAUAGUAGCACGAGCGAAGUUACUUCGAUUCAAUUAGAAUUUCGCGAUCUUAGUCGUAGCACAGGACAACCUAAGUUUGAGGCUGCAGUUAGAAAAGUUUCCGAACAUGUACAUAAAUUAGAAAAAUACAAUGGCUUAGUUCCCAUCUUUAUUAACGCUAAUACUGGUCAGUUUCGAGAAUAUGCAACAAUUACGUUAGGAGCUCGCGGCGAUAGUUAUUAUGAAUACUUAUUAAAACAAUGGUUACAAACUGGAAAAACUAUAGACUAUUUACGGGACGAUUACUUGUUAGGUAUUACUGGAACACAAAAGCAUCUCGUUAAAUACACAGCGGUCAAUAAAUAUUUAUUCAUCGCUGAAUUGGUCGGCGCCAACAAAGAGAUAAGACCAAAAAUGGAUCACCUCACAUGCUAUUUAGGAGGUACUUUAGCAUUAGGUGCACAUCAUGGACUGUUGCAGACGCAUAAUACUCUUGCAGAAGAAAUAGUUAAGACUUGUUAUCAAACGUACGCAAUCCAACCAACGUUUCUCGCGCCUGAGAUUACUUAUUUUAAUAUACAAAAAGUGGAGGGUGAUAAUCAAAUGGAUAUGUACGUAAAAACGAACGAUGCUCAUAAUUUACUGAGACCCGAGUUCAUUGAAAGUCUAUUUUAUAUGUGGUACUUCACGGGAAAUAAAACUUACCAAGAUUGGGGUUGGCAGAUAUUUCAGGCUUUUGAGAAUUAUACCAAAGUCGAAAAUGGCUACACAAGUAUUGGUAAUGUCCGGAAUGUUCAACAAACUCGUCAACAAGAUAUGACGGAAAGUUUUUGGUUCGCCGAAACUUUAAAAUACUUGUACUUGUUAUUUGAUGACACUAGACAAUUGAUAGAUUUGGAUCGGUGGGUAUUCAAUUCAGAGGGUCAUCCGUUACCCAUAUACGAAUCAUAACGCGUAAAACUAUAUGAAAUCUGAAUUUUUAUCCUAAAAUCCCUUAAUUCCUAAUAUCCGUUAAAUAAUGGUUUAAAUGCCCAAUUAUUGAUCGUUUUUGUUGAAACAUCAACCAUUGUUUCUGCAAUAAAAGAUUUUUAAACUUGUCGAGCUCUCGCGACGUAAUAAACUUUCUCAAUUUGUGAAAUUCUCUUCUAAAGAGUAGUCCAUUUAUAAUACAAAACAAGAUUAUAUAUACAAAUAUAUAUAAGUAGCCACAAAUUUACUUAAAGCUUAAAUAUUAUGGCAAAAAUACAAAAGAUUACAGAUGAUUUGAAACCAUGCAGUAAAUAAUUAUUUUUAAAUCAGUUUCUUUAAAUACUUAACUUUGAAUAUACAACAGAGAUGUAUUGCAAAGCUUUUUACAGUUAUAUCAAAAGAAAUUUAAAAUAUAAGAUGUGAAAAUCUGUUUUCUCCUCAAUUCAUUAUAUCACUGAAAUGUGAUUUCAAAUAAAUUAUUAAAUAUGCAACAUUACUCGCGCCUAUAUAGCACAUGAUAAAUAUGGCAAAUCAUUGAUAGAUGCUACUAGUGUUUUAGAUUUCCAAAUUUCAAGUUUCGAAAAUAUAUAGAUUAUUGAUUUCUACCUAUUGUGUAGAUAAUAAAAUUAGACAGAACUUCUUUUAGCACAUAUUGUACUUACCCAUGUAUUCUUUUCACAAAACUUCUAACUUUAGUUGUGCACAUCAUUUUUAAUAAUACGCAAUACAUAUAAAAAAAAUUAUUAUUUAGUGCAGUCUUCACAUUAAAUUCGUAUCUUAUAUUACAAAAAUAAUCUAGUCCUCACCUAUGAAUAAAUUACAUUGUAUACUUGCAAUCUUCAAUUAUUAUAUAAAUAUUUAUAUAAUUAUAAUAAUUAUAUAAUUAUAAUUAUAUAAUAUAAAUAUAAUUAUAUUUUUACAUAUAUUUAUAUGAAUAUUUACAUAAAAUAGGAAAUAUCUGUUUGCGACUACUAUAGGCCAUUAAUACGGUGUGGCGAUGAUUAAAUCACAAUCUUGAUGGAAAUUUACAUUAUUGAAAAAUAUAGGAAGAAGAUAUUUAAAUUAUUUGUGUCCAUAUUUUUAAUGUUAUCUACAAAUAGCAACAUUAUCGAAGAAUGUUAGGAUAUAUAUAUGCUAUCAAAUAGUAGAAGCAGGUAGAAUAAAUGAAUAUGCUAUUGUUACAAUUGUAUAAAACAAAAUUCGAUUUAAUCAUCAGCUGCAUUAUAGAAAUACUACUACUUCUAGUUACUGGCGCAUUAACGAAAAAAAAAUCGUUCUCGAAUUACCCGUCGUUUGUAAUAAAUGCAUCCUUAUACCAA